AUCGCUCAGAUUUAUUUUAUAAAAUUUGUACAACAAGAUGUCGCUCAAAAUUUUCUCAAGUUUUCUUUCUACACCAAUGCAGCAGAAGUUAUGUCAAUCACUAAACGACCAAACAGAAUUCACUGUCUGAGCAGUAUUAGAACCAUUUCAAUUAGUUGGGUAGUUGCCGGUCACGUUCUUGCCUUGUUUCUUGAUUCAGACAACCUGGUAUCUACCCUCGACAAUUUUGUUUAUAUUUUAAAUGACGCGUUCGUUACCGCUUAUACUGCUGUGGACACAUUUUUUUUUAUUUCCGGCUUGUUGGUCGGUUACAUAUUUUUCCGCUCAGUAACCAAAAAUCCUAAAAGCGUUAAAUCGCCCGCUUUUUGGUGCCUUUACUAUAUUCACCGUUAUAUAAGACUUAGCCCACCCUAUUUCUUCUUUAUCGCUUUCGCCACUGUAAUCAGCGACUAUGUAACCUUUGGCCCAAUUUUAUUCCACGAAAUGGUUAAUGCCGGACCAUGUAAAACAGAAUGGUGGAGUAAUGUGUUAUACAUAAACAAAAUGUAUGCGAAUUUUCAGUGCCUAACUCAUACUUGGUAUUUGGCUGCAGAUAUGCAAAUGUACAUUUUCGCUCCCCUGCUUUUAAUUCCCUUACUUUUCACCCCCGUGAUCGGAGUCUUUCUAAUUAUUCUUUUUGCUGGAAUCAACUAUGUUGUAUAUGCAAAAUAUGAUUUGCCUGCAGACGUUUAUUGCAAUUAUAGAAAAAAACUAAUACAUUACGAUAAUCUUGUUUAUUACUCAGUGUGGAAUCGAUGUACUCCUUAUUUGAUUGGAAUAUACACUGGUUAUUUUCUGUUUAAAACUAAGAACAAAAAGUUGCACCUUCACUGGGCGUAUAUCAUUUUGUUAUGGAUUGCAAGUUUCUUGGCCGCCUGUGGUUGCGUAUACGGCUUAUAUGACUAUUUGCAAGGACCAUCACAUAAAAUUUCCAACUUUGCAAGUGCAAGUUAUAGCUACUGGUCACGUAUUGGUUGGGCACUGGCGAUAGCUUGGGUAGUCGUGGCUUGCGAAAAGAACUGGGCUGGUCCAAUUAAAAAUUUUUUGGAGCAAGGACUUUGGCUCCCGUUUGACAGACUAACUUACUGUAUUUACUUGACACAUGCAAUAACACUUCCGCUUAUAUAUGCAAUAGACGGCAGACCGAUUCUAUAUGUUAGCACUCAUUAUGCUGUAAGUCUUUGGAAGAAGCAUUCUUAA